AUGUCGGUAAGAAAUUGUACGGAACCCGGUCUCGACAGAAUAGGACCAGAACACCUGAAGAACCUUCCGCCAGUACUCAUCAACACCCUGGCGAGGCUCUUUACACGUUAUCUGUCGAAAUGCAAGGUUCCUAACCAGUGGAAGACCAGCAAGACCGUGUUGUUGUAUAAAAAGGGAGAUCCACAUGACAUCGGCAGCUAUUGUCCAAUCUGCUUACUGUCCGUCAUCUACAAGCUCUUUACAAGAGUAAUCCCUAAUAGGAUUGAAAAAGUCUUGGAUGAACGACAGCCACGCGAGCAAGCAGGGUUUCGAAAAAAUAUUCAGGACGACUGA